AUGGCCCGCAUCGUUCUCCUCGUCCUGCCGCUGCUGGCGGCUCUGUGCCUCGCUGAACCCUCCGUUUUCUUCAAAGAGGAAUUCGCGGAUGGAGAUGCCUGGAAAGAGCGCUGGCUGCAGUCUAAGCACAAGUCAGACUAUGGCCAGCUGAAGCUUACUGCGGGCAAGUUUUACGGAGAUGAAGAGAAAGACAAAGGUCUCCAGACCAGCCAGGAUGCCAAAUUCUUUGCCCACUCUGCCGGAUUCCCUGCUUUCUCCAAUAAAGACAAGACUCUUGUAGUUCAGUUCUCAGUGAAGCACGAACAGAACAUUGACUGUGGCGGUGGAUACGUGAAGCUUUUCCCAAGCACACUUGACCGGGCUGACAUGCAUGGAGAGUCAGAAUACAACAUCAUGUUUGGUCCUGACAUUUGCGGGCCACCCACCAAGAAAGUGCAUGUCAUCUUCAACUACAAGGGGAAGAACUUGCAGAUCAACAAAGAUAUCCGAUGCAAAGACGAUGUUUACAGUCAUCUCUACACCUUGAUUGUACGUCCCGAUAACACCUACGAGGUGAAAAUUGAUAACAGUAAGGUUGAAUCUGGCAACCUGGAGGACGACUGGGAUUUCCUUCCACCCAAGAAGAUUAAGGACCCUGAGGCCAAGAAGCCUGAUGACUGGGAUGAGCGUCCCAAGAUUGAUGACCCUGAGGACAAGAAACCAGAGGACUGGGACAAAGCAGAACAUAUUCCUGACCCAGAUGCACUGAAACCAGACGAUUGGGAUGAGGAGAUGGAUGGAGAGUGGGAGCCACCAGUCAUCACAAAUCCAGAAUACAAGGGAGAGUGGAAACCACGCCAGAUUGACAACCCUGACUACAAAGGAAAGUGGGUGCACCCAGAGAUAGACAACCCAGAAUAUACCCCAGAUCCUACUCUGUACUCCUAUGAAGACUUUGGAGCUUUGGGCUUUGACCUGUGGCAGGUGAAAUCUGGCACCAUCUUUGACAACAUCUUGAUUACAGACGAUGAGAAGUUUGCAGAGGAACAUGCCACUAAUACAUGGGGAGUCACAAAGGAGGGAGAGAAAAAGAUGAAGGAACAGCAGGAUGAAGAGGAGCGCAAGAAGCAGGAGGAGGAAGAGAAGAAGAGGAAAGAGCAGGAGCCUCCUGAAGAGGUUGAUGACGAUGAUGACGACGACGAUGAUGAAGAGGAAGAAAAAGAGAAGGAAGACGAGGAGGAAGAGGAAAGCGAAGGACCUCAGAAAGAUGAGCUUUAA